AUGGAAAAUAACGCUAGCUCUAAUAAUAUUAACGCCAAUACUAAUAAUAAAAACAUCAAAGGAUCAAAAACGCAACAAUCACAAAAGGCUGGUUGUAAGAAUAAUCGGAAAAAAGUUUUAAAUAAUGAAAAAACUCCAAAGAGACCUCUCAACGCAUUUUUUAUAUUUGUUAGUGAGAAAAGACCCGAAUAUAUAGAAAAAUAUCCUAAUUAUACUGCAAUCAAACGUGCUUCUAUUAUUAGAAAAUUGUGGAGUUCCAUGUCCAAAAAAGAAAAAGAGAAUCAUGAUAAUGUUAAAAAUCAAACGAGUAACGUUGGUGGUGUAGAAGAUGACGACAAUAAGUUUUCAAUCUUUGCUUGA